UUCAUUUUGGUGGUAUUUAUGGAAAGUUUUCAAGUGUUUUCCAGUUCUCUCCAAGCUAUUAAUUGUGUUUGGCAUCCCUAUGAUUCCUGGUCAGAAUGUGAUGGCUGUACAAAGACCCAGAUUCGAAGGAGACACAUAGCAGUUUAUGGGCAAUAUGGUGGCCAGCCAUGUGUUGGGGAUGCUUUUCAAACACAAGCCUGUGUGCCUACAAGGGGAUGCCCAGCAGAAGAUGGCUGUGGAGGGCUUUUUAGGUGUUCCUCAGGUCAGUGUCUCAGCAAAUCACUGGUUUGUAAUAGAGACCGAGAUUGUGAAGAUGGCAGUGAUGAAGAUCUGUGUGAACUCCCUGAAGGCAAACCUUUGUGUGACAUUGAUAGACCUCCUCCUCAUGUGGAGUAUACUGGAGCAGGGUUUAACAUACUAACUGGCCAGAUUAAAGACAUGGUUAUCAACACAAAAAGUUUUGGUGGUCAGUGUAGAAAGGUGUACAAUGGAGAUCAGAAAGAUUACUUCCGGCUGAGUGCAAAUGUCCUCUCCUACACAUUUCAGGUGAAAGUAGAUAAUGAUUUCAGUUAUGAAUUUUAUAAUAGUACUUGGUCUUAUGUCAAACAUGAGGAGACUUCUUUUACAUCAAAUAGUGGAUAUAGGCACCACUCAAAUAAAAAUGAAAAUCAAGAUGAAAAGAGUUAUCAACUGAUGGUAAUCAAGAAUAGCGUUGAAGUAGCUCAGUUCAUUAAUAACCAACCAGAAUUUUUAAAUCUUGCUGAACUCUUUUGGAAAGAUCUCUUACACCUCCCUUCUCUAUAUGACUAUAGUUCAUAUCGAAGAAUAAUUGAAUUGUAUGGGACUCAUUACCUGCAGUCAGGGUCCCUAGGAGGAGAAUACAAAGUUCUCUUUUAUGUGGACACAGACAAAAUGAAGCAAAAUGAUUUUAGCUUACUAGACAUGGUACAAUGUACCUCAUCAAAAUGGAAUCUUUUUUUUGUUAAAGUGUCUAAGCAGAAAUGUGAGAAACUUAUCGAGUUAUUAAAAUUGGCUUCAGGAACAAAAGACAACUUGCUCCAUGGUAAUACAUUUGUUAAGGGAGGAAACCCAGCUUUGGUAGCUGGUCUUAGUUAUUUAAAUAUGAAUGAUCCUGCUGGAAAUAGAGGCCGUUAUGCUUCAUGGGCAGCAACUGUGGGGCAGUAUCCCCAAAUAAUAAAACAAAAGCUUGCACCUCUGUAUGAGCUUGUGAAGGAUGUUCCUUGUGCAUCUGUCAAAAGGCUAUAUCUGAAAAGAGCCAUUGAGGAGUAUCUGGCAGAAUCUGACCCCUGCCAUUGUAGGCCUUGUAAAAAUGGUGGUCUAGCAAUGGUUGUGGGAACCCAGUGCCAGUGCCAUUGCAAACCUUACACAUUUGGUAUUGCAUGUGAGCAUGGAUUCCUUGUGGAAGAUCAGGCAGGAAUUGUUGAUGGAAGAUGGAGUUGCUGGUCUUCUUGGAGUUCUUGUGCAGAAGGGAGGAAAGUAAGGAGACGAAGCUGUGAUAAUCCACAUCCUAGUGGAGGUGGAAAAUUUUGUAAUGGAGAAGCAUUUGAAAUGCAGCCCUGCAAAGAUGAAGAGUUGGAACAUAUCCGCUUGAUAGAACCGCAUUGUUUUGAUAUGUCUGGGGUCUCCACAGCUUCUUGCUCACCACCACCUCACUUGGAAAAUGGGUUUGUUCAAGAUACAGGCUCAUCAUUCCCAGUUGGAAGAACUGUGGUUUAUUCAUGCCAGGAAGGAUAUGCUCUUGUUGGGGAUCCUGUUGCCAAAUGUGGAGAAGAUUUAACUUGGCUUAUUGGGGAAAAGCAUUGCCAGAAAAUAGGUUGUGUCUUGCCUGCCUUGGAAAGAGGUCUUCAAAGUGAUCCCCAGAAACCUUUCUAUGAGGUUGGAGAGAAGGUGACCUUGGUCUGCUCAGGAGGCAUGGUAUUGGAAGGCCCAUCUCUAUUCUCAUGUGGCUCUAGUCUAAAGUGGUGGCCUGAUAUGAAUUCCCAUUGCAGAUUAAAAAGUAAGUUCCUCAAUAAACCACUGCCAGCACAAUCAUGCCAACCCUGGGAGAAGCUGCAGAAUUCUAGAUGUGUCUGUAAAAUGCCUUACGAAUGUGGACCUUCUUUGGAUAUUUGUGCCCAAGAUGAGAGAACAAAAAGGACUGUAGCUUUGACAGUUUGCAAGCUACAUGUACUUGAGUGUAUGGGGCGUAGUUACACACUUACUAAUAGCAGGAGCUGUUCUCUACCUGUUCUAGCCGAGAGAACAUGUAGCUCAUGUUCCAUAUGGGAAAAAUGUGAUGCUCAGAUAAAUAAAUGUGUGUGCCAAGAGUCAGCAGCAGAUUGUGUAGAAGGAAGACUCAACAUUUGUGUGGAAGUGGAUGGAAGUGAGCAGACUAUGACUGAAUGUGAGGCUGGUAUCCUUAGAUGCCAAGGCCGUAGCAUCUCAGUGAUCAGCAUAAGACCAUGUGUCACGAAGAGAAAAUAGGUGGCAUUGACUUGUUUGGUACUUAGCCUGAAACUUCUCCAAAUAUUUUUUGUUUAGUUUGAAUAGCCUUUCAGAUUUCUGCUUUUCUUGACCAUUCUCUCUCCCUGAAAUGCCACCCAUAAUUCCAGCCAUAGAUAUACGAUAAAUAUUUUGUUUUCCAAAA